GCCCCGCGACCCGGAAGUUGUGGUAAACAUGCUGGCGCGAACGUGACAAGCUGGCCAGCGUUUAUUUCAAAAGUGAUAUUAAUUUGAUAAAGAAAGGAGAUUAAGUAUCGCGAUGGACGCCGACAUGAGUUCGUCAAUGCCGCAGAAGCGUUACUACCGACAGCGAGCACAUUCCAACCCGAUGGCGCAUCACACUUUUGAAUAUCCCGUGAGUCCAGAGGAGAUGGACUGGGCCACGCUGUAUCCUCGCUUCUUUCCCGGACCUGCUGAGGGCAAAUACUCCCACGUCGAGUUUGCGGACAUCGGCUGUGGAUAUGGUGGACUUUUAGUGGAGUUAUCUCCACUAUUCCCAGACAAGCUCAUGCUGGGCAUGGAGAUCCGGGUGAAAGUUUCCGAUUAUGUCCGGGAUCGAAUCACAGCCUUGCGUCAGUCCACGCCAGGAAGCUACCAGAACAUCGCUUGCAUUCGCAGCAACGCCAUGAAGUAUCUUCCCAACUUCUUCUUUAAAGGACAGCUCAGUAAGAUGUUCUUCUUGUUCCCGGACCCCCAUUUUAAGAAGACCAAGCACAAGUGGAGGAUCAUUAGUCCCACAUUGUUGGCAGAGUAUGCCUACACACUGAGAGUCGGGGGUCUGGUCUACACCAUCACAGAUGUGGAGGAGGUCCACCUCUGGAUGGUGAAGCACUUCAGUGAACAUCCAUUAUUUGCGCGGGUCCCCCACGAAGAGCUGGCUGAUGAUAUCAUCACAUCACGUCUGGGCAGCUGCACAGAGGAAGGGAAAAAAGUGCAGAGAAACGGAGGACAGAAUUUUCUGGCAGUUUUCCGGCGGAUUGAAGAUCCAAUAUCAGACUGAAAACAUUGAAAAUACUUUGAAGUGUUAAACUGCACAGAAAGGUGACUAUCUUCACACACUUAAUCCAUCAUGGCCGCUUUUUGUCACCUUUUUUAUAUAUUUUUUUUACUUUGGAUUCAAAUACUUCAGUUGAUUGAACAAUAAAAAGAGCAGCUUAUUCAAAAAGUGUUCUUGAGUCAGAAGCAUGUGGAAAAGGAAAAUUUUU